CCUAGUCCGCGACCCCUUGGGAAAACUGGAUCUCCGAGGCUGGAGGCGCCUGGCCGGCUGGGUGGGGACCACCAUGGGCAAUGCGGCCGGCAGCGCCGAGCAGCCCGCGGGCCCCACCGCCUCGCCCCCGAAGCAGCCAGCCGCUCCCAAGCAACCGAUGCCGGCGGCUGGAGAGCUGGAGGAGAGGUUCACGCGGGUCUUGAACUGUAUGAACUUGCCUCCAGACAAGGUCCAGCUGCUGAGCCAGUAUGACAAUGAGAAGAAGUGGGAACUCAUCUGUGACCAGGAGCGGUUCCAAGUCAAGAAUCCCCCUGCAGCCUACAUUCAGAAGCUGAAGAGCUACCUGGAUACUGGUGGGGUCAGCCGAAAGGUAGCAGCUGAUUGGAUGUCCAAUCUGGGGUUUAAGAGGCGAGUCCAGGAGUCUACGCAGGUGCUUCGGGAACUGGAAACUUCCCUGAGGACAAACCACAUUGGGUGGGUGCAGGAGUUUCUCAAUGAAGAGAACCGUGGCCUGGAUGUCCUGCUUGAGUACCUGGCCUUCGCUCAAUGCUCUGUCACGUAUGACAUGGAAAGUACAGACAACGUGGCCUCGAGUGCAGAGAAGAGCAAGCCCCUGGAUCAGUCUGUGGAAGACCUCACCAAGGCACCACCCUCAUCUGUGCCCAAAAGUCGCCUGACCAUCAAGCUGACACCGGCCCACAGUAGGAAGGCCCUGAGGAAUUCCCGAAUCGUCAGCCAGAAGGAUGAUGUCCAUGUGUGCAUCAUGUGUCUGAGAGCCAUCAUGAACUACCAGUCCGGCUUCAGCCUUGUUAUGAACCACCCAGCCUGUGUCAACGAGAUCGCUCUGAGCCUUAACAACAAGAACCCCAGAACCAAGGCUUUGGUGCUGGAGCUGCUGGCAGCUGUGUGCCUGGUGCGGGGAGGACACGACAUCAUUCUUGCAGCCUUUAACAACUUCAAGGAGGUGUGCGGGGAGCAGCACCGCUUUGAAAAGCUGAUGGAAUAUUUCCGGAAUGAAGACAGUAACAUUGACUUCAUGGUGGCCUGCAUGCAGUUCAUCAACAUCGUGGUACACUCAGUGGAGAACAUGAACUUCCGUGUCUUCUUGCAAUAUGAAUUCACCCACCUGGGCCUGGACCUGUACUUGGAGAGGCUCCGGCUCACCGAGAGUGACAAGCUGCAGGUGCAGAUCCAGGCGUACCUGGACAACGUUUUUGAUGUGGGGACCCUGCUGGAGGACACAGAGACUAAAAAUGCAGUGCUGGAGCACAUGGAAGAGCUGCAGGAGCAGGUGGCACUGCUGACAGAGCGGCUUCGGGACGCAGAGAACGACUCCAUGGCCAAGAUCGCUGAACUGGAGAAGCAGCUAAGCCAGGCCCGCAAGGAAUUGGAGACCCUGAGGGAGCGUUUCAGCGAGUCAAACCCCAUGGGCACUGCCAGACGCAUCCCUGAGCCUGAGAAAGUGCCUGCCCCUGCCGUGGUGCGACCUUCAGCUCUCGAGCUUAAAGUGGAGGAGCUUGAGGAAAAGGGGUUAAUCCGAAUCCUGCGGGGGCCCGGGGAUGUCGUCUCCAUCGAGAUCCUUCCAGGAGCGGUGGCGACACCCAGUGGUGACAGCGCACCAACUCCGGGGGUGCCCACUGACUCUCCUAGCCCAGCAGAGUCGGUUCCCGGAGCAGCAUCACCACCACCACCACCGCCGCCACCACCACCACCACCCCCACCACCCCCACUACCUAACCUCCAGUCCCCGCAGGAAGCCCUUCCCUCUGCACCCCCGCCGGCCCCGCCCCUCCCAGGCUGCGCAGAGCCUCCACCGGCACCACCGUUGCCUGGAGACCUGCCGCCCCCACCCCCUCCACCCCCACUUGGUACUGAUGGGCCAGUACCACCCCCACCCCCACCCCCUCCGGGAGGGCCUCCUGAUAUCCUUGGAGGACAAGGCCCAGAGAUAGGCCCAGGGGUGAAAGCCAAGAAACCCAUCCAGACCAAAUUCCGGAUGCCACUGCUGAACUGGGUGGCGUUGAAACCCAGCCAGAUCACAGGCACUGUCUUCACUGAGCUCAAUGAUGAGAAAGUGUUGCAGGAGCUGGACAUGAACGACUUUGAGGAGCAGUUCAAGACCAAAUCUCAAGGCCCCAGCCUGGACCUCAGCACUCUGAAGGGGAAGGCAGCCCACAAAGCUCCCACCAAGGCAACACUCAUUGAGGCCAACCGGGCCAAGAAUUUGGCCAUCACCCUGCGCAAGGGCAACCUAGGGGCAGACAGAAUCUGCCAGGCCAUUGAGACGUAUGACCUUCAGACUCUCAGCCUGGAUUUCUUGGAGCUGUUGACCCGCUUCCUGCCCACAGAGUAUGAGCGCAGCCUCAUAGCCCGCUUCGAGAAGGAACAGCGGCCGAUGGAGGAGCUGUCAGAGGAGGACCGCUUCAUGCUGCGCUUCAGUCGCAUCCAGAGGCUGCCAGAGCGCAUGAACACGCUCACCUUCCUGGGCAACUUUCCAGACACGGCCCAGCUGCUCAUGCCGCAACUGAAUGCCAUCAUUGCAGCCUCAAUGUCCAUCAAGUCUUCUGACAAGCUUCGCCAGAUCCUGGAGAUUGUCCUGGCUUUCGGCAACUACAUGAACAGCAGUAAGCGAGGGGCAGCCUAUGGUUUCCGACUUCAGAGUCUGGAUGCGUUGUUGGAGAUGAAGUCGACUGACCGAAAACAGACAUUGCUGCACUACUUGGUGAAGGUCAUCGCUGAGAAGUACCCACAGCUCACGGGCUUUCAUAGCGACCUGCACUUCUUGGAUAAGGCAGGCUCAGUGUCCCUAGACAGUGUCCUGGGGGACGUGCGCUCCCUGCAGCGAGGCCUGGAGUUGACACAGAGAGAGUUUGUGCGGCAGGAUGACUGUGUGGUGCUCAAAGAGUUCCUGAGGGCCAACUCUCCCACCAUGGACAAGCUGCUGGCAGACAGCAAGACCGCUCAGGAGGCCUACGAAUCGGUAGUGGAGUACUUCGGAGAAAAUCCCAAGACCACGUCCCCCUCCAUGUUUUUUUCCCUCUUCAGCCGUUUCACCAAGGCCUAUAAGGUACCGGUGCCUGAUGCAGUGGGAGGGUUGGGGACUGCUUCCGGCCCAGGUGGGACAGGGAAGGAGGAGGGGCUAUCCUCACCACGACCUGCCUGGUGCCCUCAGAAAGCAGAGCAAGAGGUGGAGCAGUGGAAGAAGGAGGCAGCGGCGGAUACCUCAGGCAGGGAAGAGCCUCCAGCACCCAAGUCUCCACCCAAGGCCAGGCGGCAACAGAUGGACCUCAUCUCUGAGCUGAAACGGAAGCAGCAGAAAGAACCACUCAUCUACGAGGGUGACCGAGAUGGGGCCAUUGAAGACAUCAUCACAGUGCUCAAGACAGUGCCCUUCACUGCCCGCACCGGCAAGCGGACAUCCCGGCUCCUCUGUGAGGCCAGCCUGGGAGAGGAGAUGCCCCUCUAGUUCCCAGGUACCUAGACAGCAUGGCCUGUGAUUCCAGUGCUGGCACAACUUUGGGAACUUGGGGGGGCCAAACAUGCCUCCCCAUCCGGGGCCACUGCAUGCUGGGAUGUUUUAGGGGUGGUGUUUAUGGCUGAGGUAUAUCAGUGUCCCCUUCCACGUGCACAAAACCAAAUCCUUAGAAAGAUGAGCCUGUGCCCUGGAGCCUGGGCAAAUGUGUCUCUUUUGGCUUCCAGAUCUUCGGAACCAGCCCUACAUCCGUGCAGACACAGGCCGCCGAAGUGCUCGCCGGCGACCCCCGGGACCCCCACUGCAGGUCACUGCUGACCUCUCGCUGUAGCCACUGUGUCCGCUGGUGGAUUCUGUAGGGCCGUAGGCAGGCUGGAGCUCAAGGAAGAUGGUCCUUAGCUUGGCUGGGUCGAGCAUCAGCUCCUCGUGCCGACUACAAGCCUUGAAGCCCCUCACCCCACCAAAAAAAAAAAAAAA